CUAACGUAACUGUUCAUGUAAAAACACUAAAACAUAAAAAAUUAAAGUGCAAUUUACUUUUUUUCCGAGUCCCUCUCCCAAAACUAUCGUUGCAUUAUCCCUUGUUAUUCCUUGAAAGUUUACAUUUAUAGUAACUUCUCGCUAUGUGCUGCUGAACAAUGGUAGACGUCUCAUCAUCCCCUCUGACUUAUCUUCAAAGUGAAAUUUGAAUGUGGCGAUGGCUUCUUCAGACUGGCACCUGUCUUUGAAACUGGUGGAUCAACCCAAAUCCACAUUCCACUUCCCAGACAUGAUGCCAGGAGAUGUUCCUCCUGGAGGAUACAGAAUCGCUACUAUAAAGCAACUUGUUGCAGCACAAAUGCCAGACUCCAUCCCAGAUCCUGAACUAAUAGAGCUGCUUCACUGUGGGCGGAAACUUAAGGACGACCUAACUCUAGAUGCCUAUGGGAUUCAACCAGGAUCCACCUUACACAUCCUUAAAAAGACUUGGCCAGAGCCAGAGAGCAAUUCAGAGCCAGUGAAUAGAGCAACAGCAGCCAGGGAGUUCAGGGUGUUUCAUGCUGCUCUUCACUCCCUCAACUCUGCCUACCGAGACUCAGUCUAUAAAAUGCUGACAAAUAAAGAGUCACUGGAUCAGAUCAUCGUGGCUACACCAGGGCUCAAGUCAGACCCCGUUGCCUUAGGGGUGCUCCAAGACAAAGAUCUGUUCGUGCAGUUCACAGACCCUAACAUGCUGGAUGUAUUGAUCGGUUCGCACCCAGCCCUCGUCAAUGCCAUCAUCCUGGUCCUGCACUCUGUGGCAGGCAGUAUGCCCGCUCAGUCCAGUGCCAGCUCUUCCCGCAAUGUUUCUGCCAGUUCUUACAGCGAUAUGCCAGGGGGCUUCAUGUUUGAGGGCAUGUCUGACGAUGAGGAAGAUUUCCAGUCCGGGAGCCCAGCAGGUCCCUCCAGCAGAGCGGGAGGCUCAGCGGGAAUACGCCCGGUGUCUCUGAGCCACAGUGGAGCAACAGGCCCUCGACCAAUAACACAGAGCGAGCUGGCGACUGCUUUGGCCCUCGCCAGCACUCCUGACAGCAGCGCGGUCACUCCGACAACUUCAAGCCAGGCGGACCCCUCCAGUGGCGUAGCCCCGAUGCCAGCUGGGACCCCAGUCAGUAACGACCUCUUCAGCCAGGCUCUACAGCAAGCCCUACAAGCCUCCAACAUGUCUGCUCUACAGGGCCGCUGGCAGUCCCAGAUGCAGCAGCUCAGGGACAUGGGGAUCCAGGAUGAGGAGCUGAUGCUGAGGGCGCUGCAGGCCACAGAUGGUGACAUCCAGGCUGCCCUGGAGCUCAUAUUUGCUGGAGGCCCAGGACUCUGAGGCCAAGCCCCAAGGACAAAGGCUUUUAUAGAGGACAGAGAGCGGGAAAAAGCUUCUCAUCCUGCUGCCCAGACAUAAUAAAUUAUUGCUUUACACAUACAGUAUCCAGAUUUUUUGUAUUAUUACCCUGUUUACCCAAUUUACAUACAGUAUCACAUCUAAGCCUCACAAAGUCAUGUCAGCUUUGUUCUAUUGAUGUGACUCAAUUUGUAAUAAAUGUAAUAAUGCUUACCUCAUCAA